AUGUGCAUAAAAAGUUCGAACAGAACGAGUCAACCGAUAAUAAGUGUAAGGGCAGCACACUGUCAGAAAACGACAUCAUCAAGUUCCGUAACUCUCCAAGAACAAUUCACUGUAAAGCAGAAAACCAAAAGGAGAUUUUGCUGUACCCAUCGGUCAUUGAUUCUUCGCCUACUAGCUUUCAAUCGGCCUGAAUGGCCAUUCAUUGCUAUUGGUACAAUUACCGCUACGCUGGCUGGUGCAGCCGAACCAAUAGUUGGUGUCAUAUUUUCAUCUGUCUACCAUCAAUAUGCUAAUACUGAUCUUCAGAAUCAGAUUCGUGAAACACGUAAUCUUGCUUUGAUCAUCUUCUUCCUACACCUAGUCGAUGGAUUUUUUAUCUGGACUAUGAUAUGGACAUUUGCUGUCUCAGGAGAACGUCUGACUAAACGUAUGCGUCUCAUGGCAUUUUCUGCAAUUCUUCGACAAGAAAUUGGGUUUUUCGACAUAGAACAAAAUUCAGUUAGUGCUCUAACUACUCGACUCUCUGCAGAUGCAUCGGUAUUGAAGGGCCUAUCUGGCAUUCGAAUAGGAGUGAUUUUACAAGCAUUCGGUGCGCUUUUGACGGCUAUUGUUAUUUCAUUUCAAGCAGGAUGGAAAUUAUCUUGUGUUAUGUUUUGUUUUGCUCCUUUAAUGGCCUUUUCCGGUCUUUUACAAGGACAAAGUCAGUCGAAGUCGGGCAAAACUAAAUCCUCAAGCAAUUGGGCUGAUCAAGGAUCACAAUGUGCCGCUGAGGUGUUUAACAAGAUACGCACAGUGGCAGCAGUCGGUUGUGAAGAGUAUUUCAUUGAUAAAUUUGAAAAUGCAUUUAAUAAAAGCUUUUACGCCUUUCUUCCAAAAAUUCAUAUGCGAGCUAUCGGCUAUGGUAUAUCGAAUUCUUUGAUUUUCUUCUUGCAUAUUACAACGUUUACCUACGGUUCAAAACUAGUUGAAAACAAUGAAAUGUCUGUCGAUCAGGUUUUUCGAAUAUUUAUUGUUAUCACGUUUGCUGCUACAGCAGUUGGUCAAAGUAUUUCAAUGAUGCCUCAAUAUUCAAAAGCUCGGUCAGCAGCUCUACGAAUUUUCUCUUUGAUUAAACGACAACCAUUCAUUCACAUGAAUGAAGGUAUUUCAUUGUCAGCUGAUCAGAUCAUCGGCGAAAUCGAAUUCAGAAAUGUUUAUUUUUCGUAUCCGAUGCGUGAGAGAAAGUUUGUACUACGGAAUUGUUCGUUCACUUGUUCUCCGCAUACAUCGAACGCAUUGGUCGGAAAAUCAGGUUAUGGAAAAUCGACUGUUUUCAGUCUUCUCCUUCGAUUUUAUGAUCCUCAAAAAGGUACCAUCCUUCUCGAUGGUCAUGACUUACGCGAUUUCAAUGUUCAAUGGUUACGAUCGAUUAUCGGUAUUGUUCAACAAGAACCCAUUCUUUUCAAUCUAAGUAUCCGAGAAAAUAUCGCUUAUGGUCGAUUGGGAAUACCAGUAACGGACGCAGAGAUCUAUCAUGUUUCGAAACUUGCAAAUGUUCAUGAUGCUAUUAUCAAUAUGCCCGAGGGCUAUCAAACAAUAUGCGGUUCAAGAGGUUCGCAAUUGAGUGGAGGUGAACGGCAGCGCGUUGCAAUUGCGCGAGCUCUUCUUCGUCAACCAAUUUUAUUUCUAUCUGAUGAAUCUACUGCCGCUCUCGAUAAUAUCUCGGAAAAAGCAAGAGACUUCAAAAUACCUACCAUAAUGUCGUUCAUUUCACUUUUUAGCUUGUUCAACAAGCACUAG